AUGGCGUCAGUACAGUGGAUUCAUUGCAAUCUGUGCUAUUAUCUACUGUCACGAAAAGAUCGAAAAUUUUACACGACAAGUUGUUUACAUGUAAUUUGUAAAAAGUGUACAAUUAACAGCAACCGUGGAACUAUGUGCCCCGUUUGUCAAAGACAAGGGAUUCGUUUUGCCGAAAUCUGUAAUUCGAUGGAUAGUAAGAUAAAAAAUAUGUUUAAUCCCUCACCGGCUACAGUGCUGGAAUCGGCCAUAAAUACCAUGAAUUUUCAGUACAAACAAAAGCAACAUCUAAUCAAUCAGAUAAUUGCAGCCGAAGAGAAAACGGCAAAACUCAACCAAGUUGAGCAACGUUUCAAGCAAAAGAUAGCCGAAUGUCAGCAGAAGUACCAAAAGCUUCGCAACUACCGGAAAAAUCUAAUGGAUCAACAAUCUUCCCCGGAGUUUUGUGCGCAAAGCGAGAGAAGCUCCAAGGCCUCACCGCAGUUUUUCGAUAGUCCAAUGAGCAGCGGUGGAUCGAAGGCUAGCAACCGCGAUUCUUUUCUUAAUAUGAAGGGUGCAUCAACAUCAUCAGGAUCUCACAGAUCGGAGGGCAGCGGUGAUCAGCGUAAAAUGGAUCAAUUUGCUUUUCCGAGAUCCAGGGAACAGAUGGACCGACAACAGCACCCGAGACACUCAGUGGUCUUUUCCGAUGGUCACUCCAGUCGAUCGAGCACCGGAUUUCAGCGAGACUCAUUCCUGAACAUGAAGGGUGCUUCAAUGUCAUCCGGUUCUAACAGAUCGGCAAAUUUUGGAACCACACCAUCCAGUGGUGGUAAUUCAACUUGUAAUAUCAGCGAGCUGCUCCAUGGAAUGGCACUUGAUCGCUAG